AUGGGUACUAGAAGCUGGCACCUCGCGUUAUUCUCCUUGUGUCUUUUCUUUGGUUCAGGUCUAGGAACGACCGAAAUAUUAAGAAAUGACAAAAACCAGGAAAUCUUCUCAUCAUCAGAAGUGGGCACUCAAAUGGAUGAUGUUCCUAUAGUCAAUCCCACAAAUCCAGACACAGGAAAUCCGUAUAUGGGAAACCCUACAACUCCUCAAUCACCUGACAUGUCAGGGCAAAAUCCCACAACCCCAAACACAAACCCAACCACCCCAACCACAACCCCAAACACAAAUCCAACCACCCCAACCACAACCCCCACAACACCAACCACGACUACUCCUACAUCAUCAGGUGGUCAAUGGUGUGUUGCUAACCAAGGAGCUUCAGACACUGCUCUACAGGUUGCUCUUGACUAUGCUUGUGGGUAUGGAGGUGCAGACUGCUCAGCAAUUCAACCAGGAGCAACCUGUUAUAACCCAAACACUGUCCGGGAUCAUGCCUCUUAUGCAUUCAAUGACUACUACCAGAAGAAUCCAGCACCUACUAGUUGUGUAUUCGGAGGGACAGCAUCGCUUACAAGCAAUGAUCCAAGUAAUGGGAAUUGCAAAUACGCAUCACCCAAGUCAACCAGUGUUAGUCCACCACCACCACCACCAAUAUUUGUCAGUCCACCGAGUCCACCAACUCCAAUGACCCCUACUCAAUCAGGCAUGCCUGGUGAUGGAUCAACCGGCUUUGGUUCAGAACCAACAGGAAGCCCCAACAAUGCAACAUCUGCCUUUUAUUCCCUGGUGCUGUUGUUCACAUGUGGCCUGUUGGCUUCCCUUCAACUAGCAAAUUACAUCUAG